UUCCAUAAUGUCACAGUUAGGUUUGAUUUGGUGCUCAGAACACUUUAAGACAAACUGUAUUGGAUUGUAAGACAAACUUCAGACAAAAAAAAUAAGAAAAGCAGUCACAAAACUCAAGAUGAGGGAAGAACAGCCUCCAUACAAGUCGAGCUCGGUGUAUAAUGAACUCCGUUUUGAGGGAAAAUUUUGUGAUGCAAUCAUCAAAGUGGAGGAUGUCGAAUUUCCGGUCCACAAGAUAAUCCUGUGUAACUGCACCCCGUACUUCAGAGCUCUCUUCACCUCUUGGAGCGACCCAGACAAACAGGUCUUCAACAUACCUGGCUUGUCUCCUGAGAUGAUGGCACUCAUCAUUGACUUUGCAUACACUGGCAGUGUUUCCGUAACAGAGGAAAACGCAGUGGAACUAUUCAUGGCAGCUGAUCAACUCAAUGUAAUGGACAUUGUAAAAAUCUGCAGUGACUUCCUCGGGGAACAACUCUGCGCAGAGAACUGUGUUGGCAUUUGGCAGUUCACAAAAGCACACUUAUCACCCGAACUACGUGCCAAGGCCUUCCACUACAUCAUCAGUAACUUUGAACAGGUGGUUCUUCAGGAGGAGUUCCUGCAGCUAACUGUGGAGGAACUUGGUGAUAUUCUUGAAAGAGAUGACCUCAAUGUACAGUGUGAGGACACUGUGUUUGAAGCACUUAUGAAGUGGAUUAGCCAUGUGCCUGCAGAACGGGAACAACACUUCAUCGCUCUGUUGUCUAAGGUCCGACUGGGACUGAUGACUUUAGACUACCUAAGGAACAAUGUGCGGCUCAAUCAGUUGGUGCGGACCAGUUCUGACCGUCGGUCCAUGAUAAAGGGUGCCAUUUUAUUGACACAAAAUAUGACCAACAGACCCUAUGUGCUUCGCCUCUGUCCCCAUUUUGCUCGUCCCCGCCUGCCUCAUUCCAUCCUGCUGGCCAUUGGGGGAUGGAGUGGCCGUGAUCCAACUAACGCCAUUGAGGCCUACGAUUACCGGGCUCAAUGCUGGGUCAAUGUAGCAAACAACCUGGAGCGUCCUCGUGCCUAUCAUGGAGCCGCCUACCUCAACGGGUACGUCUACUCCAUUGGUGGCUUCGACAGGGUUGAGCAUUUCAACAGCGUCCGUAGGUUUGACCUGACCACUCGCACCUGGAAUGAGGUGGCACCCAUGUACUGCCGCCGCUGCUAUGUGAGCGUGACUGUGUUGAACGGGUUCAUCUAUGCCAUGGGAGGCUACGAUGGGCAUGUACGACUCAGCAGUGCAGAGCGCUAUCAACCUGAAAUCAACCAGUGGAGUCUUAUUGCAUCCAUGCAUGAACAGAGGAGCGAUGCCAGCUGCACAACACUUCACAGCCGGGUGGGUAAAGCAAAAGAACAGGAGAGAAAUAGAGUAGGGUCUCAGGCACACAGGCCUAGAGACCUGUCAGCAACCUUUUGUGUUUGCAGACAAGUUGGUGGCUUCGAUGGAAACAACCGUCUGCGCACCGCUGAGGCUUACAACCCGCAAACCAAUACGUGGAACCUCGUCUCCUCUAUGUUGACCCGCCGCAGCAACUUUGGCAUUGAGGUAAUCAAUGAUCGCCUCUUUGCUGUCGGGGGCUUCAACGGCUUCACCACCACUUUCAACGUUGAAUGCUACGACGCUUUAACCAACCGGUGGUUUAAUGCGCGUCACAUGAGGGUUUUCCGCAGUGCCCUGGGCUGCUGUGUGGUGUCCGGACAUCCCAACCUGUCUGAUUACACCAUUCCUCGUGACAGGCUGACACGUUUAAAUGUGCCAUAAAAAGCAGCGGAGUCCACGUAACACCUUUACAAUGCAAUACUGCCAUGUGUCAACAUCUGGGACUCCAACAUUAAGGACUGAAAUAAAUCUUUAGGACAUCAA